UCGCUCGUCCACAAUCAACUUGUCAAAAUCACAACAAUUAGUGCCUCAACACUCGGAAGAAUCCGACAAAUCCGUACUCAGGGUUUCAAUUUUAGCCUCAUAAAUCUUGAUCUAUAUACUUCUUGUGGGUACCCAUCUCGUGAUUCUUUGUGGGUCUGGCGAUCCAACUGUAUAUUUCGUAGUUCUCUACUCGUGAUCGCCUUUAGACGCAUCUCUUCAAUCUGCUCCUGCAUGGGAUUUUGAUUUAUCCAACUUUGCCUUCUCUUAAUUGUGCUUCCGAAUCCGCUUGUCGGAAUUCCGAUGAUUUAGUGUCCAUUGCUGUGGACAAAUCCAGUAAAAUUCGUCUCUAAACAUAUAGAUUCUGUCGAGAAGAUUUCACCUGUCUGUAGAAGCAAUGGCGCAAGAAGCGAAUGGAUUCAGACUGGAACAGAGGCACGGGAAGGCGAGGGUGAGGCUCGGAAGAGUAUGGCGCCGAACUCGUGAUGGAUCUCAUCACUUUGUUGAAUGGAAUGUCAGUAUCAGCCUUCUCUCGCAUUGCCUCUCCUCCUACCUCAGCGACGACAACUCCGAAAUCGUCGCAACUGAUACCAUGAAGAAUACCGUUUAUGCGAAAGCUAAAGAAUGCGUCGAGCGGGUUUCUGCAGAGGAAUUUGCUAUUUAUAUCGGUAAACACUUCUGCUCCUUCUAUCCACAGGUUUUCACCGCCAUGGUUAACGUUACUGAAAAGCCUUGGGAGCGUGUAACCGUAGACGGAAAGCCGCAUAUACAUGGUUUUAAGCUCGGAUCGGAGAAGCAUACGGCCAAGGCAGUAGUACAAAAGUCGGGUGCACUGAAAUUAACGUCUGGUAUUGAAGGACUGGCUCUGCUUAAGACAACCAAGUCAGGGUUUGAGGGUUUUGUCCGAGACAAAUACACCGUUCUUCCCGAGACUCGAGAAAGAAUGCUUGCAACGGAAGUCAGCGCAUCGUGGAGGUAUUCAUACGAGUCGGUUUCAACCGUUCCGAGAGAGAAACUUUACUUUGCCGAGAAGUUUUUGGAAGUAAAGAAAGUUGUGACGGAAACCUUCUUCGGCCAACCAGAAGUCGGUGUGUACAGCCCGUCGGUCCAACGUACUCUAUACCUUAUGGGAACCGCCGUGCUGAAGAGGUUCAUCGACGUAUCGUGGAUUCACCUGAAAAUGCCGAACAUCCAUUUUUUACCUGUAAAUCUCUCGAGCAAGGAAAACCCUCCAAUAGUGAAGUUCGAAGACGACGUGUAUCUACCGACGGACGAACCCCACGGGUCGAUAGAAGCAACGUUGAGCCGUCUAACCUCGAAAAUGUGACAGAGAGAGAGUGAACUCUUGCUUACGUAUAUGAAUAUGUCACUCAGUUUAACUCAUCACUUGGACCUUUUCUGGGUUUGCUGGUUCUUGUCUGAAUAAAAGGGCCGCCUCUUUCGUCACGUGACAUUUAGAGUGGCUCUGUGUUGUACGGAUAUGUGAUAUAAUAUUGUAUCAAAGUUUUCAAUAUAGGAUCUGGUUUUUCUUGGCA